AUGUCAUCUACAGUGGAGUCGGGUUCGCUCUAUGAACUGUUGGGCGUGAAGUCGUCAGCCAGCACAACUGAAAUCAAGGCUGCGUAUCGGAAAAAGGCCAUGCAGUACCAUCCGGACAAGAACCCCAAUAAUCCGGAAGCGCACGCAAAGUUUCAGGAGAUUGCCGCAGCGUAUGAAGUGUUGGUAGACGACCAGACGCGCGAAAUGUACGAUCAGUUUGGUCUCGACGGACUCAGUGGUGGUGGGAUGGGUGGCCCUGGAGUGUCGCCUGAAGAUCUGUUUGAGCAUCUGUUCGGCGGCGGUGGUGGUCCAUCGUUCGGGUUCGCCGGCUUUGGACCCGGAGGCGCACGGAGGCGGAGGCGGGGGGAGGAUUCGAUCAAUCCGUACGAGGUGACGCUCGAGGAGCUCUAUGUCGGAAAGACGGUCAAGAUGCAGUUGGAGAAGACCGUCGUCUGCAAUGCGUGUAGCGGAUCUGGCGGGAAGCCUGGUACGAAACCCAAGCAAUGCUCGCGGUGUGAGGGUGAGGGUGUGAUCAUGUCGACGCGUGCCGUAGGGGGUGCGACCGUUGGCUUUUCGCGCAUCACCUGCCCACAAUGUAAAGGGUCUGGAAAGACCAUCCGAGAGAAGGAUCGGCAAAAGUGCAAGGGCGAAAAAGUGGGAAAGGAGCGGAAACGCGUCGAGAUUAACAUCGAGGCGGGUAUGCCCGAUGGACACCGGAUCGUCCUUGUGGGUGAAGGGGAUCAAGAGCCAGACAUGGCUGCAGGCGACGUCGUGUUUGUCCUCCAGCAAAAGGAACACGAGUCGUUUGAGCGUUCUGGGAGUGAUUUGCUUGCGCAUGUGCGCAUCACGCUCUCCGAAGCGCUCUUGGGCUUUUCUCGCGUCAUCUUGACGCAUUUGGACGGACGAGGGAUCCGGUUUGAUAGUCGGCGACAGGGAAACGAAAAGAAGAUUUACAAGAGCGGGGACACGGUCGUCAUCAAGGGCGAGGGGAUGCCUGUUUGGAAAAAGGAUCGACGGGCGAGUAUGAGUGGGCCUGUCGAAAAGGGCGACCUGUUCGUUUUAUUCGAGGUCGAGAUGCCGACGGAGGAUUGGCUCGAGACUGUCGACGUCCAGGCCCUGAAAGCGUUGCUACCCCCUGGUAAGCCGGAUAUUCCCGCUGCAGUGGUCGAAGAAGCCAAGUUUGAAGCCGGUGACCUUUCAGCGUUUGGUGACGGCGACGAAGAUGCAUGGGAGGACGAAGAAGACUACUCUGCGGACGAUUCUACACAAUGUCGUAAUCAAUAA